AACAUGUGACUUCGCAAUCAGCAAACGUCCAUUGUAGGCAACGGAGAGUUCAGCUUUUGGCUGUUGUCUUCUUUAUGUUUAUAUGAAAUAUCACGCAUUGAUGCUGGAAUUGGACACCGCUGGACACCACUGGACACCGCUGGACACCGCUGGAGAAUAUUUGAGCAGCUGAGACAGCUUGUGAAAUCCAAAAACAAUGUAAACACAUAGUGUCAUCUGAACCUCGGAAAUGAAGUUGAUCGUCCUCGUUUAUUUCCUGGUCGGAAUAUCACACCAUGAAGGAGCCAACACUAGAGUUCCAAAGUGUAAUAAGAAUUAUGUUCAGAUGCGAGACAGGAGGAUAGAAAACAACACUUAUUUACAGAAGAUUCCUGAUGCGGAAACUGACGAAAUUCCAACUAGUGGAUAUCGGUUAGAAGUAAACAACACCGGUCCAGCAGUCCUGGACUCAAAAAUAAAUUUUCUUGCAAAGUUGUUCAACAAGACCGGUCAUCUUGCUGAUUCCACCUCAUUCCUGUAUGUUUGGAACAAUGAUGCAGAUUUUCACGAGUUACGGAAGGAGGACAAUUUUGAAGCAAACAUGACUCAAAUUUAUACUUUUAUCUUACCUAGUCGAUAUACAAUGCAGGUGUGUGUGUACUUCAAGGAGGAGAAAUUGGCAUAUACUAAGUAUCAUUUGGUCGCCAGAGGAGAAACCAGGUUUACAAUAACAUCUACACUGAAUGGAAAAAUAGAUGUUAAACAGAAUCUAACUCAUCAGAAAAAUAAGAAAAUUCUGGCAGCAGAUACCCCAAUAUAUUUCUCUGUGAAUCUGACGGACAGGUUCCAGAUGAAACCGACAUCCUCUUUCCAUUGGUUUAAUGGGAAAACGUUACUGGGCCAGACAAAAACGCCAAGGUUUGUGUUAACAUUGAAGAAACCAGAAACAGUGGUGAAGUUGUCUGUUUCUGUCAGCACGUCACUAGAUGAUGCAUUUCUGCUGAAGAAAGGAGAAUGGUCAGAGGAUGUACAAGUUAAAGAUGCAAUACAGUUGGUCAGAUGGAAUAUGUCUGGAAGUUCUUCUGUGGAUGUAAAUAACCUUCUGAACCUGACCGUGUACUACCAGGCAAGUAAUCCAACAGUAAUAUGCUGGGAAGUGUGUGAGGCCAAUAGAAAUUCCAGUAACUGUGGCAACACAACAUGUGACCACCCAAUGACAGGAAACAGGAAGCAGUUUGAUGUUAGGGUUGGCUUCCCGAAUGUCGGCCUUUACCAUAUCCACUUCCGGCUAGAGAAUGAUGUUAGUCUGCAACACUACAGAACAGGCGUCGUACAUGUCUAUGAUACAGAUUCUUACAGUUCCCAUGGAUAUGCUAUCCCAGUUUUCUUCACUUGUCUUGGUGUGGCCAUUCUCCUGGUGACAUCUGUAUACAUCGUGCGUUGGAAGAGAAAACCCUAUGUGGAGACUGCUGAUUUUGAUUUCCACCCAUCCUUGAACAGAGAUCAGUCUCAUCCAAUUUUAACCGGGAUCAAGAGCACAAUCAGUCAAAUAUUUCAGCCAAAGCAUUCAUACAGUUCCUUACAGCAGCCGACAACUACAGCAAGAACUUAUGGUUCCACAAGUGAUAACACUGCCCCUCUAUAAUCUAAAGGACAAAAUGAUAUUACAGAAAAACAAAUGGAUUACUGCAGCAGAGUUUAUUGUAUUGCUGGUCAAGAACAAAAGAUUUUAAUGUUACAGUGAAUCAGGUUUCUGUACUUUCAUAGUUUUAUGAACUUAGAUUAAAUGUACUGACUCCACAUGGUUGAAGCCAUGUUUGAUAUCUAAUAUAAGUCUGUGAUCUGUGGUCGAAACCAAGUCUGAACAAAUUCAUACACAUUAUUAAUCAUUUUAUUGUGACAUGUUUGAAUUGUUUACUCGUUUUAGUGCUGUGACAUAGAGACUAAGGUGGAAAUGGAAGGAAUUGUUAAUAUGGUGUUUUAUCACCCAGUUCUAUGGUCUCCUUUUCUGCCAGUUUUGUGGGUUUGUCUUUAUUUUUAGCUCGACUGGUCCACAGGAUCACGGUGAGCUAAUGCCAUAUGUUCUUUUGUGAUAUCUUUGAAACAGUUGAGAUCCCUUCCCCAUAAAAGUAUAUAGCAUUGUUGGACAUCAAGAGAAAAACAAAAUAAUGAUAAAAAAUAGGCCCUGGGGUCUUUUUUUUCCACCCUGAAAGACUAAGUUCCUUUGUUAUAUCUUUAAAACAGUCGAGAUCCCCGCCCCAUAACCAUAUAAAGCAUUGUUGGGCAUCAAGAGAUAAACACAAUUCUGAAAUAAAAGUAAGCCCAGGGGUCUUUCCCCCCCCCCCAAGGGACUUAGUUUCUUUAACCACAAUCAUCUUGAGACUGGACUGUGUUACUGGGUCGCAUCUUUGAAUCAGCUGAGAUUCUUACCCCAUUACCAUAUAUAAACUUAGUCAAUAUGUGGUCAAAUUAACAAGGUCAGCAAUACAGGACCUCUUGACCUCUUGUUUUUAACUAGAUUUCCUUCAAACUUAGUCAAUAUGUGGUGAAAUCAACAAGGUCAGCAGUACAGGACCUCUUGGCCUCUUGUUUUUAACUAGAUUUCCUUCAAACUUAGUCAAUAUGUGGAUGAUGUCAUUGUUCAGCAAAUCAGACGAAGUGUAUGAAGAGUUCUGUUGGUCUGAUGUUUUCCAGACAGGCGAGUCUUCCUCCUCACGGCUUUGGUAAAGGGGAAUGUUGGGUCAGGCACCCUGCCAUUCAGUGUUCUGGUUUCUUUUAAGAUAUCUGAACCAGUCAUUUGAUUUCCGUGUAAAUAGUUCACACAGAUAUUUGAACCAGUCAUUUGAUUUCCAUGUGAAUGUUUUAUACAGAUAUCUGAACCAGUCAUUUGAUUUCCAUGUAAAUGUUUUAUACAGAUAUCUGAACCAGUCAUUUGAUUUCCGUUUAAAUAGUUCACACAGAUAUUUGAACCAGUCAUUUGAUUUCCAUGUAAAUGUUUUAUACAGAUAUCUGAACCAGUCAUUUGAUUUCCGUGUAAAUAGUUCACAGAUAUUUGAACCAGUCAUUUGAUUUUCAUUUGCAUAAUUCACACAGAUAUCUGAACCAGCUGAUUUCCAUGUAAAUAGUUCACACGGAUAUUUGAACCAGUCAUUUGAUUUCCAUGUGAAUGUUUGAUACAGAUAUCUGAACCAGUCAUUUGAUUUCCAUGUAAAUGUUUCAUAGAUAUCUAAACCAGUCAUUUGAUUUCCGUGUACAUGUAAAUGUUUUAUACAGAUAUCUGAACCAGUCAUUUGAUUUCCAUUUAAAUAGUUAAUACAGACAUCUGAACAAGUUGAUUUCCAUGUACGUUUCAUACAGACAUUUCAUACAGACAUCUGAAUCAGUCAUUUGUUUUUAUUUCCAUGUUUCCUGCAGAUAAUCAGUCUCGUACAUUUAUCUAUGUAAUACAUUUUUUCCUCUUGAGCGAUUGAUCAAUCGUGAUUAAAUUAUUGAUACAUAAUAUCCUCACCAUUUAGUAUUGUACUGUAGGCUUCCUUUCCUUGCUGAAGUCAUGCUUCACAUGUUCAUAUUAUCAUAUUACAUCAUUGUCAGAUACGCACGGUUGAUUGCACUACGCUAUGCUACACUUAUCACCAGGUGUAGCCUAGCAUAGUGUACAAUCAGCUGUGGGUAUCCGGAGAUAGCAUUACCCACGAAACUGUGAUAUUGGAUAUUGACAAAGACUAAAUGAUUGUAUGGAAAGCGAUCUGUGAUAGGUUCAGUCAUUGAUCAAACUGUGGAGAUUAUUUAUGACAUUUAAAAACUUUAUAACUUUUGAACCCAUGUACCCUUUGCUUUACUCACCUACCCUUUUGUAUUAAGCAUGUGAAAUAAAGUUAAUGAACAAUAAA